AUGCUCGUGUCCACCACACAUGGUUUGCCAAUAUCAAAGCUCACGCCAUUUGACUCGAGCGGUUAUGACCACAUUAUCGAGUACGUGGCUGAUAUGGUUCCCAAAGAGUCUGGCUCUCAUUAUUUUGGCACCUAUGGCAUUGGGCCUACGCAGACAUUUGUCAAUGACAAUCUGAUCUAUGAGCAGACGAGCCAUACUGCAGACCCAACGGGUUUUAUAUUUGACCUUCAAACAGAAGGUACAACGUAUCGUUUACGGAUUCGAACUCUGCCUCCUCCGGCGGUUCCUGUCCCUCAGAGCAAACGUGACGUUAUCUAUGCGGUGAUAGAGUUUCGUAACCUAAAGGUCGGCCGGAAGGUGGAAGUGGAGAUCUACCUUGAAUGCUGGUCUUGCGUCGUUCUUGUUCCAGUGCGAGCAGCGCGCCACCUCCGUUACAUGUGGAUUUACGUGGAGUUGGCCUAA